AUGUAUCGCAGAACGUCCAUCGUUAACUUCUGCGGUGAUGACUGCAACUGCGCUCCUGAUACCUGCAAAGCUGGAAAGCAGUUAACCUUUGGUCAAUCUGGAAUCGAUCAAUCGGACCAGGAACUGCGGGCGUCAAGUUCACAAAAUCCUCGAAAACACUAUUUCAGCAACGUUGGGCCGCCAAACGAUACAUACGAGCCUAUCACGGAGACUGAUAGCAGAGAAACGUUUCCAGCGCUGGUUCCUUCCUUCAGGUUUACCCAGCACCCGCCCGUCGACUUCCUCCACGACGACGAAAGCAGUCAAUCUAUACGGGCAGAAAGCUUCAGUCUCAACGGAGCUCUACUCAGUCCCACACCCGUGACAAGUUUGAUGCUCGUCGAAGUCGAGCGACGAUUGGAUGUGUUUAUCUUCAGAUGCUGUUUUGCGACUAGUGCAUGGCAGGCACGGCAACUUGUGGUCCACGGCAAGUUAAACUAA